AGUUCCUGGCCUCGCCACUAGGGGCGGCCGCCAGCCUCCGCAGUGACUACGGCCGCAAAGCUGCGCGACCCGGAUUUCCAGCCGGGCACUUUUCGCGGCGGGGCCCCCGGCAUGGCUGCCCCCAGGGCCUCAGCCCGGGGAGGCUUCAUGGUCUCACUUUCCUGACACUCUCUGGUUUCUGUGUUCUUCUUGUCUUCCCCCGGCUACCCCAGCAGACAUGUUCGCCAAGGCCUUUCGGGUCAAGUCCAACACGGCCAUCAAGGGGUCGGACAGGAGAAAACUUCGGGCUGAUGUGACAUCUGCCUUCCCCACCCUCGGAACUGAUCAGGUUUCUGUGUUAAUACCUGGAAAGGAGGAGCUCAACAUUGUGAAGCUGUAUGCUCACAAAGGGGAUGCAGUGACUGUUUAUAUGAGUGGCAGUAACCCCAUCCUAUUUGAACUGGAGAAAAAUCUGUAUCCAACAGUGUACACACUGUGGUCCUAUCCUGAUCUUCUACCAACCUUUACAACAUGGCCUCUGGUACUUGAAAAACUGGUUGGGGGAGCAGAUUUGAUGCUGCCAGGAUUAGUGGUGCCCCCUGCUGGUCUGCCUCAGGUACAGAAGGGCGACCUCUGUGCCAUUGCCUUGGUGGGAAACAGAGCCCCUGUAGCAAUCGGAGUAGCUGCCAUGUCCACUGCUGAGAUGCUGACUUCAGGUCUGAAGGGAAGGGGCUUUUCUGUGCUCCACACUUACCAGGAUCACUUGUGGCGAUCUGGAGACAAGUCCUCUCCACCUUCAAUUGCUCCACUGGUAUUGGAUCCUGCAGAUCUUAGUGAAGAGAAGGUGGACUCUACCUUUCAGGAAGAUCUGAGAUGCCUGACUCUGGAGGGGAAGGAGGAAGAAAAUGGGGAGGUUCAUCAGGCAUGUGAGGAGAAGUCCCUCUCAGAAGCCUCAGAAGACACCAGUGCCGGGGUCCUGAGCCAAGACUCCACAGACAGCAGACCUCUUCAAGAGCAAAUGGACGAACUGUUGCAGCAGUGCUUCUUGCAUGCUUUGAAAUGCAGAGUCAGAAAGGCUGACCUUCCGUUACUCACCAGCACUUUGCUGGGCAGCCACAUGUUUUCUUGCUGCCCUGAAGGACGACAGCUGGACAUAAAGAAGUCAAGCUACAAAAAGCUCUCUAAGUUCCUGCAGCACAUGCAGCAGGAGCAGAUUAUACAGGUGAAGGAGCUGAGCAAAGGGGUGGAGAGCGUUGUGGCUGUGGACUGGAAGCACCCAAGGAUCACAUCUUUCAUCAUACCCGAACCCUCCCCGACCUCCCAGACUGUCCAGGAGGGUAGCAGGGAACAGCCCUAUCACCCUCCAGACAUAAAACCCCUCUACUGUGUCCCAGCCAGCAUGACCCUGCUCUUCCAGGAGUCUGGCCACAAGAAGGGGAGCAUUCUUGAGAGCAAUGAGGUCCGAACGAUCAUCAUUGACUAUGCCAAGAAAAAUGAGCUGGUAGAUACACACAACAAAAAUCUGGUGAAAUUGGAUCCCAUCCUUUGUGAUUGCAUCUUAGAGAAAGAUGAACAGCACACAGUCGUGAAGCUUCCAUGGGACAGUCUCCUGACCAGGUGUUUGGAAAAAUUACAGCCUGCCUAUCAAGUGACCUUUCCUGGACAAGAGCCCAUUGUGAAGAAAGGGAAAAUCUGUCCAAUUGAAAUCACCCUUGCACAGAGGGCUUCUAAUAAAAAGGUGACUGUGGUCCGGAACUUGGAACCCUAUGGUCUGGACCCAUACUCAGUGGCUGCCAUCCUCCAGCAACGAUGCCAGGCCAGCACCACCGUCACUCCUGCCCCCGGCUCCAAGGACAGCCUGCAGGUGCAGAUCCAGGGAAACCAGGUGCACCACCUUGGCUGGCUGUUGCUUGAAGAAUAUCAUCUCCCUCGAAAACACAUCCAAGGCCUAGAAAAGGCCCCCAAACCUGGCAAGAAGAAGUGACACACUAUUGUUUCAUGCAGUGGAUCCAGUGGAAAUCCAAGCCCUGAGCUGGUAAUUUAUAUGAGCAUUUUCAGAUUUUGUGAAUAAAAAAUAUAAUUCUUUACCAAAAAUUUAAAUCCUGAUUUAAAUCU